AUGGAGGAUAAAGCGUCACUGAAAGAGCUUGAUCAGUGGAUAGAGCAGCUAAAUGACUGCAAACAACUGACAGAAAGUCAAGUUAAAACUCUCUGCGACAAGGCUAAAGAGAUCUUAGCUAAGGAGUCAAAUGUCCAGGAAGUAAAAUGCCCGGUGACAGUAUGUGGAGAUGUCCACGGACAAUUUCAUGAUCUGAUGGAGUUGUUUAGAAUAGGUGGUAAAUCUCCAGAUACAAAUUAUUUAUUUAUGGGAGAUUAUGUCGACAGAGGUUAUUAUUCUGUCGAAACUGUAACUCUACUAGUAGCACUUAAGGUGAGAUACAGAGAAAGAAUAACUAUUUUAAGAGGGAAUCACGAAUCCAGACAAAUUACACAAGUUUACGGUUUUUACGAUGAGUGUCUACGCAAGUACGGAAAUGCGAACGUCUGGAAAUUUUUUACCGAUUUAUUUGAUUACCUACCCUUGACUGCGUUGGUCGACGGUCAAAUAUUUUGUUUGCACGGUGGUCUAUCACCUUCCAUUGAUACCUUGGAUCACAUUCGUGCUUUGGACCGUCUCCAAGAAGUACCACACGAGGGACCAAUGUGCGAUCUAUUAUGGUCAGAUCCGGAUGACAGAGGAGGAUGGGGCAUCUCACCUCGUGGUGCCGGUUACACAUUUGGCCAAGAUAUUUCUGAAACAUUUAACCACUCCAACGGCCUGACUCUUGUAUCGCGAGCUCAUCAGCUUGUUAUGGAAGGCUACAACUGGUGUCAUGACCGUAAUGUUGUAACAAUAUUUUCUGCACCUAAUUAUUGUUAUCGUUGUGGUAAUCAAGCUGCGAUUAUGGAAUUGGAUGACGCUUUGAAAUAUUCAUUUUUGAUCCAGCACCACGACGUGGAGAACCACAUGUCACCAGGCGGACACCGGAUUACUUCCUCUAAGGAGUUAAAAUAUCAAGAUGAUAGAUUUAAAACUAAG